AUCUGAGCAAGAAGAACGUUGGAGCUCAGUUCAGAUUGUCAUGAACUUAAAUGAGCUUUUUAUCCAUAAUUAAUAAUCUUGAUUAUAUGUUAUUCACUUUAAAAUCACAAAAGAAUCAUCUUGAGGCGCUUUACACAUUAAGAUCAAAACCUUAAAGUCUAAAAAUCAAGAGGAAAAGAUGUGAUGUCCACAAUGAGGGCAGUGAGGAGAAGGCAGAUGUGUUAAUGCAUGUGUGACAUGAGUGGAUUUGUGCAUGUACAAUAUUGUAUUCACAUUUACGUGAAUACACAUAAAGCACGUUUUAGGCCUUUACCUCAGAUGAAUCCCUGUUGUCGUGGCUUCCACUCACGUGGCGUCGUCCUGUGCGUGUCUCUGUCUGCGCCGCUGCAGGCGUAUCUGAUCUACUCCAGCAGCGUGGCUGCAGGAGCGCAGAGCGGCAUCGAGGAGUGCAAGCACCAGUUCGCAUGGGACCGGUGGAACUGCCCGGAGAGAGCCCUGCAGCUGUCCACGCACAGCGGCCUGCGCAGUGCCAAUCGGGAGGCGGCGUUCGUCCACGCCAUCAGCUCCGCCGGCGUCAUGUACACCCUGACCAGGAACUGCAGCCUGGGCGACUUCGACAACUGCGGCUGCGACGACAGCCGCAACGGGCAGCGCGGCGGCCACGGCUGGCUGUGGGGCGGCUGCAGCGACAACGUGGUGCUCGGCGAGGCCAUCUCCAAGCAGUUCGUGGACGCGCUGGAGACCGGCCAGGACGCCCGGGCGGCCAUGAAUCUCCAUAACAACGAGGCCGGACGCAAGGCUGUGAAGGGGACCAUGCAGAGGACGUGUAAGUGUCACGGGGUGUCGGGAAGCUGCACCACCCAGACCUGCUGGCUGCAGCUGCCGGAGUUCAGGGAGGUGGGGAACUACCUGAAGGAGAAGUACCACCGGGCCCUGAAGGUGGACCUCCUCCGCGGAGCCGGGAACAGCGCGGCCAGCAGGGGGGCCAUCGCCGAGACCUUCAGCUCCAUCUCCCGCAAGGAGCUCGUUCACCUGGAGGACUCCCCCGACUACUGCCUGGAGAACCGCACGCUGGGCCUGCCCGGCACCGAGGGCCGCGAGUGCCUCAAGAAGGGCAAGAACCUGAGCCGGUGGGAGAAGCGCAGCUGCAAGCGGCUGUGCGGCGAGUGCGGCCUGGCGGUGGAGGAGCGCAAGGCCGAGAUGGUGUCGAGCUGCAACUGCAAGUUCCACUGGUGCUGCGCGGUGCGGUGCGAGCAGUGCAGGAAGACGGUGACCAAGUACUUCUGCGUCAAGAGGGGGGCCCCGCGGGGCCGGAACGAGAGCGCCGGCGGCCGGAAGAAGAGCCUGAGGCUGCGGAAGAAGCACUGAGCGCCACCAUCAUCAUCAUCAUCGUCAUCGUCGUCGCCGUCGUCGUCACGCUCGGAGCCCGUCCAGAUAAAAGCCAGUACAAACACAAUGUUUGGCAUUAAUGUAUUUAAAAUAUAUUUUUUUACUUUUUGAAAAGUCGCUGGGCAUUUAAAGCGUAUUCCUCUGACUUUAAAAAAAAAACCCUCCACAGCUUGAUUAUUUAUUAUCAAACACGACAAACUUGGGGAGAUGAUGAAUGAUCUAGUUUGAAGCUGUCGGGUCACACUCUCAGCCCAGAAGCCCGGCUUCAAGUUCAUUUUCUUAAACAUACCUUGACCUUUGACCUUUGCUGCCCACUCCAUGUAUUUAACUGUAUAUAAAAUGAAGCACUUUGUACUGUACAUUUUUAAUUUAUUGCACAGCAUUUCCUAGUUGUACCUCAGUCUUAGUCUACUGUGUGAAAAUGUAAAGACCAAUAAAUCCUGUAUCA